GCGCGAGAUCUUUUGGCCUCAGCAUAGAUCAAUUGAACAAUGCAAUCCUGGUAAAAUAGUAAGCCCCCUUGCCGCUAUCCCUUCGCUACCCGUAUCCGAAGAGCCCCAUUUUUCAACAACCUCCCUUUCCCCUCUCCCUUCUCCCUCGACCUUCACCGCCCAAACCUACCUCGAGCCUCCCAACCUCUCUCUAUAGCCGCGCCCCUCACAGCCCCAACCGCCUACCAUAGUCGCCAUUAUUUCCCCACCCGAAUACCUGCGAAUGUUCUCGCACACCCCUUUCCAACCACCAACCAGCUCGCCGCCCACACACCGCUGCCCAUCCCCACACGCGCAACGGCGCGCAACCGAUGAACGCUUGCCCCACCGUCAUUGCCGCAGCGCACUGAGCCGCAGCUCCACCUGCCCGCCCAUCACAACCCCUGCCACUGCGCGCUAUAUUGUAUGCUUGGGUACAAUACAAUACUGCCAGCUGUGCGGCGUAGCGCGGCGCAGAGCACGUGGGGCUGACGUAGCGAGCGGUUUUGCUGCAGCGCGCGCGGACGUGGGCGCGCACUCAGGGUCUACAAACGGAGGAGAUCAUCGCGGAGCAUGCGAGCGCCCAGGCACUAUCGUUUUAGCUGUACUGUACAGGACUGGGCCGUGUGGGUGUGCUGGUGGUGUGAAAAUCGGGAUCUGAAUUCGGGGUGGAGUGAGCGUGGGUGUAGAGCGGGUGUUUGCAUAGAAGAGCGGUGACUACGUGAACGAUGUCCUGUGGCAUGGCGUGUUUGUC